ACCAAACGUGGAUUUUAAUCGCAAAUUUGGAAAAAAAUCUUAUUAUUUAAACGAUCUAGUUCAUUUUUAAGACUUAGCGGAAAGUUUCAUAUUUAAAUAUUCCCCACAUGGCCGCGACGGACAACGAAAUUGCAAAGAAACUGUUCAAAGAAGGAGCAAUUCUUGUAUGUUUGGAUGUUCCGCCUGGAACGGAGUUUGGAAUUGAUUACAAUUCGUGGAAUGUUGGCGCUAAAUUCAAAGGUGUAAAAAUGAUCCCGCCAGGAUUUCAUUUCGUAUAUUAUGCGUCGGUGGGCAGGAGCGGGGGGCAGACCGCCCCAAGGACGGGGUUCUUUCAGUACUUUAAACAGAGGGAGGUUGUUGUGAAGAAAUGGGAUCCAAAGACAGAGGAUAUGAUGGAUCAGGAAAUGUCUGUUGAAGAAAUGGAGAAUUUGAAGGCUGAUCUAGAAAAUCUUGACCAGUACUUGGGAAAGUAUCCUUACGAAAGCCUGAAGAAAUGGGUUUCUUUAUCUGGUCAUGUCACAGAAGCCAUCAUGAAGAGAGUUGAACCUGUUUGCAAGAGAAUAUCAUCCCUCACAGAGGUCACACAGGAACAUCUUGCUGGUGAAAGUGAAGGACAGGGUACUGGGGAGGCCAGAGCAGUAGCAUAUGAUACCACACUGCGGUUUACCCCUCUACCCUUCAGACAUUUCCCAGCUGGUGCAUCACCUGCAGAGAUCACAAAAUUGUCAAUGGACAAAAGUCAAGUGCUUGAAGACAUUAUGGUCACUUCUUCAGUGAAAGAAAUCCUUGGUGAACUACAGUUAGCCUUCAUCACAUUUUUGGUUGGGCAAGUUUAUGAUGCAUUUGAACAAUGGAAGAACCUUAUUCACCUGCUAUGUUCAUGUGUUGAUGCAGUCGACAAGUAUCCUGAUGUAUUUGAAGCCUUUAUAGGUGUCAUCCAUUAUCAACUAUUGGAAACGCCACAAGAUUUCUUUGUCGACAUUGUGUCGAAAAAUAAUUUCUUGGUUGACAACUUGCAUAGAUUCUUUUUAACCGUGCGAGAGUCGACGGUGUCUGCGCAACUCAAGCGUAAGUCCCAGAAGUUCAAGGAAUAUCUCACAAAGCGGUUUCAGUGGAACUUUGACGAAGAGCCGGAGGAAGAUGCUCCAGUCAUAGUGGAAACAUCUGGAUAGUCGAGCACGAUGUUAAGGAGGCUGUCGUGGUUUGUGUCUUCAUGAAGUACUGAGACAAGAUGUCUCGAACGUGUCGUUUCCAAUGGUCGGUUCACUAAACUUUCAAGUAUUUUAAAAGCAAAAGACACUUAGACACUGAAUCAUGAACCUGAAUAUACACAAUAAUACUACAAGUUUGGGUACUCUAACAAUGAAAGUCCAUUUCAUUCCGAAGACAUGCUAAUUUUUUAAGCCAAAUCCGCGUAGAAACACCUAUGAAAUUGCAUGCAAUCAUCACAAUAAAGAAACAAGUUUCCAUUAUCAAAAUACUAACAAGAUUCGUGCGCCGCGUGUAUUAAAUAAUGUAUAUAUCUUCUUAACAAUAUUGUAAUUUGACUUAAUAAUACUAUGUACUGUUAAACCCGCUAUCUUAAUUUACAAUUUCGGAAGGGAAAGAUUUAAAAGAAAAACAGAUUUUUAUCGCUCUCCCAAUAUUCUUUCGUGAGAGCGUCUUCAUUAAAUGCCAGCUUGUUGUUUAUCGUGAAAAUCAGCACAAUUUCUUUCAUUUUAUUGCAAAUUUUUAUAAUUAUAAAGAUAUUCUAUCUAAGUAUUGCAGUAUAAUCAAUUCUUUUUUAGUUUGCUUUGGCCUUCAAACGAAAGUUGGAUUUGUGUGUUUAUAUUUUCCACCCGUUAAACGAGGGUAAACCUUCAUCAAAAUUUAUCGAAAUUAAAAUUUGGACGGAACAAACUCAAUUCCUUUCUAUCUUGCGAUAGAUAAUACUUAGUAUAAUAUCGUGCAAGCUUCAAUCUCAGCCCUUAAAGUUGAAUUCUAGCCGAGUCAAUGCAUUUGCAAGAUGAUGUAUAAUGAUUUAUGAGAUAUUCUGCAUUAGUUACAGAGUAACGUAUAGUAUUUACGGGCACACGCGACCUUUACAAAACACCUUUAGUCUUUACUUUAAUGGCGAGAUUUAAUUAAGGCGUUAAAAUAUAUCCAUCAAUCAUUUGACAAACAGCACGUUGAAAUGUAGCCGAAAGAAUUUCUGAAUUUUAUUGUUUUUUAAUAGUUUGUUUGGUUCAGGUGGAUUUGCAAUGUUGUCAGGUUACUUUGCGAUAGUCAGUUAACUUGAUUUGAGUCAAUAUUCGGGAUUAAGAGCACACAUCAGCGGAUUUAGCCUUUGAAUUUCAAAUUUAAAGUGUUUCCAGUCUAAAGAAUGGAAAAUAAACAUGGUAGAGUAGGGUUUUAACAUUUCCGGUUAGCAGACUUACUGUGUCAAUUUACUAUACUUACUUUGUGAUCCAUAUAUUCGAAGCUGUCGUGAUUUGUGUUAAAACUAUGUACACUUGACGUAUGAAUAUAGUUGAUUUUCAUCAGAAAUGUCAAAGCAGUUUUGGUAUAUAUAAUUGAGACCAAAAGUGCAUGAGCAAAAUGAUUCGUCAUAACCUGAUUAAUGAGAGGGACUAUCCUUUCUUUCAAUCCUUUAUGCACGGGGAGACAAAAAUGUUAAAGAAUAUGGUAGCAGCGAGCUAUCUGAGUUACUUGUCAUGAAGGUUUAAUGAAAAAG